CGUAUAGCCUUUGAUAAUGCAGAAAAUUGGUUGUACAAGCUGAUUAACUGACCUGUGCCUCGUAAUUUGAAUUUGAAUCUUUAAUUUGUGUUUAUGAUGUUGAAUUCUAUUUUACAAUUUGAUUUGAAUUACAAGAAUCAACAAAAUGAACUUGAGAUUCAGUGUUAAUAAUGUGGUUUAAAGUAACAGGCUAUUAUCAACAAUAACCUAACUUUAUGGAAAUUGUUGAGUUUUAGAAUUCUAGUAUUGAUGUCUAAGUUCUACUCAUUGUUUCAGUAUAUUAAUUUAAAAUGCCGUUUUCAUAGAUGACCUAGAUAGGCUAGCUAAACUAAGAUAGAUUGAGUUGAUCGAGUUUGAGUGAACAGAAUUAAAACUUGAAUCGGUUCCUAAUGUAAUUCUUCAGGGAAUUAGUUAUUUUCUGUUUACAAUAAACCAGCAGUUCAUUGAUUAUUUUAAUAACUCAUUCGUCGUUUGUGUGUUUAGAGCUGUAGCCUACUCUGAUAGGUACAGUACUGUAAUAGGAGAGGAAAAGCGAUUGAGAAAUUUCUCAAAAAAUGGCAGCGAUAGUUGGAUACCACACAAGACAGGUUCUGUACUUUGGCGUGAAAAAUAAAUAUUGUGUAACCUGUACACGCAAGCCUGGAGACACACAUCACACGUGCUUCAAGAACUGGAAUGGUAGCUCAUCUAGCAUGGAAGCUGCUACCAUCGUGGCACUACAUAUAACAAAAAGAAAGUACUGUAUUCUUGUCAUUUGGACUCCAAAAGGCCUCAAAACUUUUGAGAUUGAACGGGAUGAUGAGUUUUGGAAAGAGAACAUGAAAGAAAAACUAGAAACAUUUUAUAUGAAAUGUUUACUUCCCGAACUCAUCGAUCCAAGACAGCGAAGAAGUUUGCCAAUUCGUGAACCGGAGUACAUUUUGCUGGCUCAAGCGAAAAAACAAAAAUGAGGGAUUAAAUGAUGAAAAAAAUAAUGAAAAUGAGUGAGUCAGUUUCAUUGGUCAACAAAUGCGAUCUGUAUAAUCUGCAAUAAUUUUGUAUAAUACUACUAUAUCUGUAUAUCUAUAUUUUUAAAAAUUUUAUCCUGUUACAAUUUUAUCCUCUUAUAUGCUCAAAAAUGAUGAAAAUGAGUGAGUCAGUUUCAUUGGUCAACAAACGCGAUCUGUAUAAUCUGUAAUAUUUUUGUAUAAUACUACUAUAUCUGUAUAUCUAUAUUGCUUGUAUUUUGAUAACAGUUCAAGAUAUUUUACCAUCUGCACAGAAAUGUUUGGAAAUCUCUAACAUUCUUACAUGUGAGUUUUUCCUUACGCAUGAUUUAACAAACUAUAACUUCGAUUUUUCAUUUAUUGACCUAAGCGAAGCUGAGGUCUUAGUUUCGACUAAUAAAUGAAUUAGGCCUAUUAUGA